UCUGUCCAUCUGUCUACUGUCAGGCGAUCAUCCCUUCAUGUCCAUAUCCAGUGGCUGCAUGGCCUCCCGGGCAACAACACACUGAAUGAAAGCACCCACACAGUAACACACAAGACAAACAAACAAAUCAACAACCAGGUGAGCGGGCGCCUCAUUCUUCCCUCUUUCUCUCAUCAUCAAUCGUCCCAUCCCCUCUCACUCACCUGAUCGGCGGGCGACGACGGGUCGCCUCUUCGCUGCAUGUGGUGGGACGAUCCUCUUUCCCGUAUGCGGCCAUUCAGCCCACCACCCAGUUCACCAGCACAGCCGUCCUCAGUCUUCUCGGCCGUCUGCUCCUGCUGCUCAUUUGUGUAGUCCCGAGCCGAUGCAGCAGCAGCUGCUGCUGCUGGUGGCAGCGUCGCAGCGGGGCUGGUGGGCGAAGCGGUGAGGUGCUGGGGCAGCUGCAGGGGCGGGCGGUCAUUGAGCGUCUUGUUCCUGACCUCCACGGCCUUCAGCAGGGCCAGCCGGACGCCUCUCCGGGUGGGCGAGAUGGGUAUGGGGAAAGGGGGGAAAGGGCCCGCGGCGAAGUGGCCGUCGCACAGAGCGACCAUGACGUCGGGGCCGUCUGUGCUGUUGGAUGCCGCCACGAGGGCGAGCUGGUCGCUGGCGUAGUUCAUCAUCUCCUCAAUGCUCAGCGCGGCAUCAUCACCCUCGUUGUCUUCCUCUUCCGCAUCCUCAUCCCCAUCCUCAGGUUCGCCGCCGCUGCCCUCAAUGGCGACCUCGUAGCCACCCUGACCAUCUUCGUGGCGAUCCUCGUCGGUGUCAGGACAAUGCCGAGACCGGAGCGACCUGAGAGGGCGAUUACCGAUCGUCUUGGCCAGCCGAUUGCGACUCUCGACAGCCUUCUCGAGGGCCUUGUCGAUGGCCUCUCGUGUGCGGGAGUGUAGGUUGAUGGUGUGGGAGGCACGCUGCCCGCCGCUUUGGCGGAACCGGACCACCCACGCGAAUUUGUACCAGAUGAUGUUGAUUCUAUCGCUUUCAUUGAGGCGACGCAACUCGGCCAGGCGCUGCUUGGCGUAGCGGUCGAGGGCGUCCCUGUCCAACGCAGUAGCAGCAGCAGCAGCAACAGCAGACGAACCUGAACACCAGCACACAAAACCACCACACGUUUAUGAGUGGACAGGUGGGUGGGUGAUCCGUUCAUAUCUGUGUUGCAGGGUCACCUACCUGCAGGGGUCUCUCUCCCUCUUGCCCUCUUCUGCGGCUUGCGGUCGUACUCUUCUGCAUUGAACCGACAAGUGCGCGUACAUGCAUCGAUAUGUCUGUCCCGUGCACCCCGCCCUCCCUCCCUCCCUCCCUCCCUCCUGCCUGCCUCUGUGUGGCUCACCGUCUGACUCGUCUUGUCCGUCGUCUUCCUCUUGCUCGUCCUCAGGCGCCCGGACACUGCCCUCCAUCUCAUCGUCACCCUCGCCAUGGGCCUCCCCCGAUCCCUCAGCGACGCCCUGGCCAUGGCUUGACUGCAGCGACCGGAUAGGGGGCCGGCCCAGGUCGCUGGCCAGCUCGUUGCGGGUCUGCACCGCCUCCGCGAGGGCCUUGUCGACGGCCUCUUGUGUGAGGGUCAGUGGGGGGAUGGUCAGCCACAUCCGUCCUCCGUUGUGGCGGAACUGUAUCGACCACGCGCAGUUGCGCCACCUGAGAUUGACGUUCUCGGUGCCUUUGAGGCGACGCAGCUCUGUCAGCCGGUGCUUGCAGUAGGCGUCGAGGGCGUCCCUGUCCACCGAGGCACCAACAAACCGACCUGAACACCAUCCAUCCAUCCAUCCGUGAAGGCCUCUGUCCGUUUGUGUGGCUCACUGUCUGGUUCGUCGUCUUCCUCUUCCUCUUCCUCUUCUUGCUCAUCCUCAGGCGCGCAGCUGCUGCCCUCCAUCUCAACAUCUUCACCCUCGCCGUCUUCCUCGCCCCCUCUCUGCCGACAUCGCGAAGGCAGCGACCGGAUGGGUGGGCCCAUGGUCUCGAGCAAUUUGUUGCGCUUGUCGACGGCCUCCUCGAGGGCCUCGUCGCUGGCUUCUCGGGUGCGGGAUUGGGGGCAACCGGCGGCGUAGUGCGCUUUGCCGUCGUGGUGGACGCAGACUUGCCUGCCAUCGGGUUGCCAGUUGAUGUAGGUGCUCGUGUGGCGGUUGAGGCGACGCAGCUCGCUCGACCGUUCCUCGGCGUAGCGGUCGAGAGGGCCCUCCCCCCUGUCCACACCAAGACGAGACGGACCUAGAGACCAGAAGAGGCGCAGAAGCAGCACAACGCAUACUCAUACAUUCACUCAUACAUGCACUCGUGUGUGUGUGUGCGUGUGUGUGUACCUGCAGAUGCCCCUCUCCGUUUUCGCCUUUUCCGCGCUUUGUGGUCGUGUUCGUCUUUCUGCUCUUCAUCCUCGUCCUUCUCAGACGGCCCUUCGCUGCCAUGCUGGGUCAUGUCCAUCUCAUCGCCAUCAUUGCCCUCUCCCUCUCCAUCGGAUGAGGCAAUGAUGGGGGGAAAGCGGACAGGGGGAAGGCCGAUCCUCUUGGCCAGCCGGUUGCGCUUGUCGACAGCCUCCUGCAGGGCCGCGUCGACGGCCUCUCGGGUGCGAGCUGGCGCCUUGAUUGUGUAGGACUUUGUCUGGUUGUCAAGGCGGAUCCGAAUGAACCAGCCGUUGCGGUGCCACAUGAUGUGGGUGCCCCUGCCCCCGUUGAGGCGGCGCAGCUCGGCCUGCCGCUUCACGCCGUAGGUCUCGAAGGCGUCCUUGUCCAGCCCAGUAGCACCACCAAACGAGCCUGGGGCCGGUCAGCACACACACGCACUCAUGUGGUGAUCCAUCCAUCGUGUCUGUGACGUGUGUAUGUGCUGGGUGCUCACCUGCAGCAGCCUGGGCUGCUCUCGCCCUUUUCCGCGCCUUGCGGUGGCUUUCCUCGUCCUCUUCCCCCUGUUCGUCCUCAGAGUCCUCGGCCAUCUCCAUCUCAUUGUCAGAACAAUGCCGAGACUGCAGCGAGCAGAGGAGGGGAAGGCCAGCCUUCUUGGCCAGCCGGUUGCGAGUCUCGAUCGCCUCCUCGAGGGCCUUGUCGACGGCCUCUCGGGUGCGGCUUGACGGGCUGAUGGUGUCGUAGGUAGCUGCUGCUGGUCGGCUGCCGACUCGAAUCAUCCACGUCGACUUGUUCCAGACGAUGUAGAUGCCCUUGGAUUCGUUGAGGCGGCGCAGCUCUGCCAGCCGCCUCUUGGCGUAGCGGUCAAGGGUGUUCUUGUCCAGCGCAGUGGCACCACUAAACAAACCAAGGUAGUGAGAAUUGCUGUCUCUCUGUGGCCCAUGGCAUAAGGAUGCUGCUGCUGCUGCUGCUGCCGCUGCCGCUGCCGCUGGUGGUAGUGGUGGUGGUAGUGGUGGUGCUGCUGGGAGGUAGGUACCCUCCGGUGUGUGUGCUGUGUGUGCUUGGUCGUGGCGCUGCUGUUUCUGCUGCUGCUGCCUGCCGGUUCUGUCACCGUCGCGGGCGCCACCCUCAGUCUUGACUAGGACACCCGGCUGACAAGUACCCUCAGCGUGCUCCUCUGCCGCAUCGCCGCCCUCUCCCUCCCCCUGGCCACCCUUGUCGCUGGUCUCGUCUGAGUCGUCGAUUGCAUUCUCCCACCAGGCCUGCCAGUCCUCAAUGGGUUUGCCGGCCCUUCUCUCGGCCACCUUCCGAGUCGGAGAGGGGUCGGUGGCUGGGGGCUGGUGGGUCACGUCAGGCAUUGCUGCAGCCUCGGCUGCAGACCCACUGGCAGGGGGUGUGGGGGCCGGGAGCCCGCUGCGCGUGGUGGGACACAAUCGACAAUGUGAUGCAUGUGGGGGCCGGCAAGUGUUGUGUGCGGCUGACUUACCUUUUAAGUGACGUGACGAAGAUGCGACCUCGCCCUGACCACCACCACAGCUCCUCGCCCGUUGCGCCCCUUCGGUCUCGACACGCUCACCAUCACCAGGAGGACCGCCGGAAGAGGCCAUGCCGCGAUGGUGGCCAGGUGGGCAGAGGGCGGGGGAUGGCUGGGUGGAGGUUUGGUCUGAUGACUGUCCUGAAAUACCAGCCGUGUGGGGUGGGGCGGUGACAUGCUGCUGGCGGGAUGUCUGUGGUUGGACAGUGGACGACAUAGUGAAGUCUGGGGUGCCUUGCAGGGCUGUCCCAUCGGCCUGAGGCUCCUGCCUGAGGUAUACAGCACCCGCUGUCGAGCGGCACACAGCAGAGAGAAAGAGAGCUAUGUCCAAAAUGUAUCUACAUGCAUGGGCAUGUGGGCAUCUAUCUACGCACGGCAUCUUUCGCACGCCUUGUACCUGCAGAUGCAGGUGGCUCUCACGAGCUGUCCUCACCGCUCAUGGAUCCACAGAUCUCUGCCGUCCGGGCCUCAAGCCUCGACGAGCCCGACUGACGUCAGCAGUGGAGAGGCCGACGAGGGAGAAAGAUCAGCGCAGUGG